AUGCCCAAAUCAAGUGGCUCCGCCUACACCAACACCCCCGCCGCUGGCUCGGCACCCCCCGGCUACACACCCGCUCGUCGUACGCCUACAGACUCCUCCUAUUACGACAUGGACGGGAUCCCAUGGAAGGAGGGGGACCCCAAUUCUCAAGCCUGGAUCUACGCGAGAGAAGUCCGAGCACAGCAAGCAAAGGCACCCCUCCAAAGGACCGCUCGAGCCAAAUACCCUUCGCCCUUUAAGAAUGCGGAGCCUUUGCCACUUACCACGCCGGGAAAGCCCGAUCCCACUGGCAAUAAGCCAACGGAAUGGCUUCACCAUCCCAUGAUCCCUGGGAAAACAACGACAUACAGGGCGUCGGCCAAGAGCAAGGCCAAACCUGGGGGAAUCCGGACCUUCUAUACGGAAGGAGAUAAUUCCAAGUACGAUGUCGGCUUUCAUGACCCAAGAGUCUGGACCCCAUCCAAGUCUGCUGGCUUUUCUUUGGCCACGUAUGUCCCGGCGGCACCCCCCAAGCCGAAGACCUGA